AUGCUUUCCCACCUUCUUCCGAAGCGGAUGUGCCCGAGCCUCCUGGGCCGCAUCACGCCCGGCGAAACUAGUGCCAAACGCUUUUUGACGGGCAUGAGAACUGUUGCACCUGGCCGCCCAGCGCCAACCGCGUUCCACAGCUAUACGUUGCGCUCUAGCACCCUCUGUUCCACCGUCGGGAUCCCGAAUUUUUCUGCUGCAGCGAGCUGUGCCAGUGCUAACACGACGCCGAGAUCGAGCCCGCUGUGCGACCAGCGAAGGACGUUGUUUGAUUGGGCGCUGCGACCGUAUGCCUGUGCAGCUGCGGCCAGCGGUGCCGUGCCGCUGUCUACCUUAAGUGCGGGCUUUUCCAAGUGCAGUCUAUCGCUUCUGGUUGCGCCGUGGAAGGCCCUGCCUACCGCACUCGUCAUUCUCCCCGCGGCUUGGGCAGUGCCAGCGGUCUACCGUCUCUGCUUCUCGAACUGUUCGAGAGGCGCGGUUGCGGGCGUGUUCACGUUCUUUAUGCAGUUUACGUUGACGUUUCUUCCCGUCCCCGCCUUCGAGAACUUGUUCGCCGAGCUGACGUUUUACAUCACCGCCCUCUGCAUGACGUUUUUCAUGUACAACCUGUUUCCGGAGCUGAUGCUGGAAGAUGGCAUUUGGAUCUUCUACUCUGCACUGUUCGUCCUGCCCAUGCUGCCGCUAGCCUUCUCCUAUUUACCACUUUUCGCCACGAGGACCUACUUCAUUUUGUAGAACAGGAAGCAGUCAGAGUCAAGGAACCACUCGGAGUAGCAAAAACACAGGCGGCACAAAAGCUGUCGUCAGUAAGCGUGGGACUGAGGAGCGUUGUCCUGGAGUACAAACAGGUGUAGGAAAUAAAAUUCCGAAAAAUGACAUUCAAUUUGUCGUCACCGGCACAGAGGAAUCUGUUCCACGGAAGUAAAUAAGAGCCUGAGGGUUUGUUUGACCUAGGAGAAACACACGACCGGCACGAGGUCAUUAAUCUGAUUUAUUAUGGAAGACAUCUCGUGUCUUUGCCAUCGAAGUAGAAAGCAUGUGCAUUUGUGAUUUACGAUUACGUUUACGUUACCGAGCUUGGAACACCGAAAUAGUGACACCAGAGCUGCAGAAAUUAAAAU